AUGUCUAGUUACUGGGCCAAAAGGAGACGAAUAUUGAAAGGAGUUGAGAGGGACAAACAGGAAAUUGCAGCUGCAAACAAUGCUCUACUUGCUGUUAUUCCUGACUUUGACCAAGUAAAUCCUCCUGUUAAUGAACAUCAACAUGGAAUGGCUCCAACAAGCCAUGGACAAACUGUAACCCCUGAAGCACAGGAAAUAACUGUUGAUGAGGUGUAUGAACCUGGUGAAAUUUUUUCCUCAAGCACAGAAGAUAGUGAGGAGGAAGAGGAUUGCCUAAGGACACAAUUGGCAGGAUUUCCAGAGUCCAGAAUUCCAGAACAAAGCCGUGAGAAUGAGAACCAAGCCCUUAGGGAGGAGAACCAAGCCCUUAGGGAGGAGAACCAAGCCCUUAGGGAGGAGAACCAAGCCCUUAGGGAGGAGAACCAAGCUCUGAGGGAAAGCACUGCACGAGCAGCUUCGGAUGACAGCGGCUCACUUCAAGAGCAGGUGAAGCAAGUUGGGACAAUGUUGAAGACGUUUGCUCGCACUGGGCAAUCAGGUGCAGAUCAGACCUUAAUGCUGCGACGUCUUGGAGAGUUUGGCGAUGUUGUGCGUAGCAUGGACAACAAAAUGGACACUAUGCUGCAACAUUUCAGUGCCAAUGUGUCUGUUGGAGAGUUAUCCCUGCCAGGGGAUCUGUUACUCCCCCUAGACACCCAGGAAGAUUUGGCGUUGCUUGACAACAGUUUGAGGCAGGAUAAAGAGCUCCAGGAACGAUUUCUUCGGUUUUUGGCAAUCAAAUGUGGGAGGGACCUAAAGACAACCGUCUGGCGGAUGCUUCAAAGUAUCUUCUCUAAUCACCUUUCCAUCAAUACAACCUGGACUGGAGUUAGGGAUAAAGCAUGUUUUAGAGACAUGUUCCUGAAGACCAUUGUUCAAAGAGCCAUCCGCAAGAACCAACACAGGAUGCCACUGAUGAAGCCGUCCAGGUUAACGUUACGCGUUACCUGAAAGGAGCAUCUGACCGUAAAGGCGGAAAAAGGCGCCGCACAGCUGAGAGGGACCCACAGCCGACCCCUUAAACCUAGGCUGACUACUGACACCCCAGCAUCAACUGGAACCCUUUCUUUAUCCUGCAGUCAGUAACAUCAAGACCCCUAAAGAAGCCAGAAGUGUCAGACUGCACUCCCCAAUCCACACUGUUCACUGUGGAUAUUAUCAUAGUGCUUAACUCUUAUUAUAUUGUAAAAUAUAGCUUGUAAAUCCUUGUGCCACAGGUCAGCAUUGCAGUUAUAUCUGUUCUACUACUUUUUUUACCUCAGUAUUUUUUAUAUAUAUGUGAAGAUGUUUAUCACAGAUACAAGAGACAUCUUGUACCCCAGGUCAGCAAUGCCAUUAUAAUGGCCUAUUCUACUCCAGAGCUUUAUUCUAAAUUAUUACCACUUACCUUAUUGUUAGAAAUGGCUUGUAAAUGUGAUGUUAUACCUGAAUUUUUUUUGGUGUCCUGCACAUUCUUUGGUACCAGAUAUACUCAUUACUUAUGUUUACUGGUAAUUCUUUUCAUCCCAGAGCUGACAAUUAUUGCCCGUGUUAUAAUUUGCUUGUAAGCUAAGGCUGUUUUUUUUUUUUUUAACAAUUUAAUUGGAAACCUGCAUGUUCUUUUGUGUGUGUGUGUGUGUGUGUGUGUAUAUAUUUUUUUUUCUCUUUUUUUCUGUUAUUUAUAUUUCAGGGAUCUGACAUGUUUCAAUGACAGUUACUGUACUUUGAAAUGUGGAAUUAAAACAUCAAAUGGAAA